AAUGCUUAGAUAAAGCACACUGCCAAGUGCAUGGAAGGUACAACUUAAGAAUGAUAGAAGUUGAAGAGAUUGAUCUCGGUCAGUAGGAGAUACCAGAGGCUGAGCUGAAAGUCUUUCUGCUAAUUCAUCUUCACCGUUACUGGAUUAAGUGCCGAGCAGUAGAAACACCCUAUGGCUUGGAUGACUCGCGUGUCACAUUGGUUUGAGCAAGAUGAUUGGUAUGAAGGACUACAAAGAACAGGCAUGUCGCGGGUGCGGCAGGUGGGGCUGCUGGCCGCCGGCUGUCAGCCAUGGAACAAGGACGUGUGCGCGGCCAGCGAGGGCAGGUUCGCCUACUGCGCCACCCUGGCCGUCUACAUUUACCAGUUGGACCAUCGUUACAAUGAAUUUAAACUUCACUCCAUCAUGUCUGAACAUAAAAAAACCAUCACGGCCAUCUCGUGGUGCCCACAUCACCCCGACCUGUUCGCCAGCGCCAGCGCCGAUAACUUAGUGAUCGUCUGGAACGUCGCAGAGCAAAAAGUCAUUGCUAAACUCAACAACACAAAAGGGAUACCCGCCUGUCUGAGCUGGUGCUGGAACGCGGGCGACGCCGUGGCCUUCAGCUCCCGCAGGGGCCCGCUGUUCGUCUGGGCCCUGUCGGGGCCCGAGAGCGGAGUGGCCGUGCACAGGGACGCGCACGGCUUCCUGUCUGACAUCUCUGUGUUCCGGUGGCACACCCAGAAGAAGGGCAAGGUUGCCUUCGGCCAUAUGGACGGGAGUCUGUCGAUUUUACAGCCAGGCAAUAAAAGCCAGAAGCACGUGCUGAGGCCCGAGUGCCUCGAAGGGCCGGACGAAGAGGACCCGGUCACAGCCCUGGAGUGGGACCCGCUGUCCGCCGACUACCUGCUGGUGGCGAAUUCGAACUACGGAAUCCGGCUGGUGGAUUCGGAAUCGCUGUGUUGCAUCACCACGUUCAACUGCCCCGGCGCGGCGGCCUCGGUGCACUGCUUGGCCUGGGUCCCCAGUGCCCCCGGCAUGUUUGUCACCGGAGAUUCUCAAGUAGGCGUUUUACGCGUUUGGAGUGUUUCCAGAACAACCCCUAUCGAUAAUUUCAAAUUGAAGAAAACAGGAUUUCACUGCUUACAUAUACUCAAUUCUCCUCCAAGAAAAAAAUUUUCCCUGCGGCCCCCCACCAAGAACCACCACACGUCCUCCACCAGCGAGGCGGCGCCCCCCGCGCUGGCGCGGGGCCGGGCCUUCUGCCUGCCGCCCGGCCACGCCCUGUGCUGCUUCCUGGACGGGGGCGUCGGCCUGUACGACCUGGGGGCCAGGCAGUGGGACUUCCUGCGCGACAUGGGCCACAUCGAGACCAUCUUUGACUGCAAAUUCAAGCCUGGCGACCCCAGCCUCCUGGCCACCGCGUCCUUCGACGGCACCAUCAAAGUGUGGGACGUGAACACGCUGACGGCAGUGCACACGUCCCCGGGGAACGAGGGCGUCAUCUACUCCCUUUCGUGGGCUCCAGGUGAUUUGGAUUGCAUCGCUGGAGCAACUUCCCAAAAUGGUGCUUUUAUUUGGGAUGUCAAAAAGGGCAAAAUGGUACAGCGCUUCAAUGAGCAUGGAAAAAAUGGAAUAUUCUGCAUUGCCUGGAGUCAUAAAGAUUCCAAACGAAUAGCAACCUGCAGUGAGGACGGCUUCUGCAUCAUUCGAACCAUCGAUGGCAAAGUGCUCCACAAGUACAAGCACCCGGCCGCGGUAUUUGGCUGUGAUUGGAGCCAAAACAACAAGGACAUGAUCGCCACGGGCUGCGAGGACAAGGACGUGCGUGUGUACUACGUGGCCACCAGCUCGGAGCAGCCGCUGAAGGUGUUCAGCGGGCACACCGCCAAGGUGUUCCACGUGCGCUGGUCUCCUCUCCGGGAGGGCGUCCUCUGCAGCGGCUCCGACGACAGUUCGGUUCGGAUCUGGGAUUACACUCAGGACGCCUGCAUAAAUGUCCUCAGUGGGCACACCGGUCCUGUGAGGGCGUUAAUGUGGAACCCCGAGAUCCCCUACCUGCUCGUGUCCGGCAGCUGGGACUACACCGUGAAAGUAUGGGACACGCGAGACGGGACUUGCUUGGACACCGUGUGCGACCACGGCGCGGAUGUAUACGGCCUGGCGUGCCACCCCGGCCGGCCCUUCACCGUGGCCUCCUGCUCCCGGGACUCCACAGUGCGGCUCUGGUCCCUGGCCCCCCUGGUCACUCCCCUGCAGAUGAAGAUCCUGGCCGACCGGCCUUGGAAAGAAAUCAUCGGGAACACUGAUUACGCCCUGCUGCAAGGCACUCCGCCUGUCCUGUGUGGCAAAGUGUCCAGAGAUAUCAAACAAGAGAUAGAGAAGCUCCCCGGCAAUCCUCGGGUGGAAAAACUGAGGAGGUUUUCAGAAUGCUUUUCACCUCCAGGUGGCAGUGACAAUCUGUGGAACCUGGUCGCUGUGAUAAAAGGACAAGAUGACAGCUUGCUCCCUCAGAACUACUGUAAAGGCAUCAUGCACCUGAAGCACCUGGUCAAAUUCAGAACGUCGGAAGCCCAAGAACUGACCACAGUCAAGAUGUCCAAAUUCGGGGGCGGUAUCGGUGCUCCGACAAAAGAGGAGAGACUGAGGGAAGCCGCCGAGAUACACUUGAGACUAGGACAGAUCCAGAGAUACUGCGAACUGAUGGUCGAACUUGGAGAGUGGGACAAGGCCUUGGCGGUCGCACCCGGCGUCUCUGUGAGAUACUGGAAGAAGUUAAUGCAGAGGAGAGCUGAUCAGUUGAUCCAGGAAGAUAAGGAUGAUGUCAUCCCCUACUGCGUAGCCACCGGGGACGUGAAAAAACUAGUCGCUUUCUUCCUGUCCCGGGGCCAGCUGAAGGAAGGCCUGCUCGCCGCCCAGGCUGCCUGUGAGGGGAACAUGCAAACCGUCCAUGUUUCUACACCCAAAGGACCUUCUUGCCCCGACGAUUCCUACAAGGAAGACUUCAAUGAACUCCUGCACACGGUGAGCGAAGAGCUGGCGGAACGGUACCUGCGGGACGGCAGGGCGGUCCUGGCCGCGUGCUGCCACCUGGCCUCGGACGACAUUGAGCUGGCGAUGGCCUCCCUGAUCCGCGGGAACGAGCUGGAGCUGGCCGUCUGCGUGGGCACAGCCCUGGGGGAGGCGGCCGCCCCCGCAACCCACUGCGCCCUGGAGUUACUGGCGAGGAAAUGCAUGAUGAUUCCGAUGUGCUUUCCAUCUGAUGAAUACAGGAGCUUGGCGGCCGAUCUCCUCCUGAUGAUUCCCGAUAACGAGCUGCAACUAGUGAAGCUCUGUGCUUUCUACCCAGGCUGCGCGGAGGAGAUCAACGACCUUCACGAGAAGUGCAAGCUCCCCACUGUAGAGGAGUGUCUGCGCUUGGCGGAGGCAGCCCGGGUGGGCGGCGACGUGCUCGAAACUGUGAAGUAUUACUUGUUAAGUCAAGAACCUGAAAAAGCCCUUCCAGUUGGCAUUGACUUCAUCAAAGAGUACAUCCAGAGUUCAGAUUGGACUCUGGAUACCAUUUAUCCCGUGCUUGACCUGCUGAGUUAUAUCCGUACUGAAAAGUUACUCCUGCCCACAUGUACCAAAGCUCGAAAUGAGUUGCUCGUGCUGUGUGGCUAUGUGGGCGCGUUGCUGGCGAUCAGGAGGCAGUACGAGAGCAUUGUGCCGGCGCUGUACGAGUACACGAGCCAGCUGUUAAAACGUCGGGAGGUGUCUGUGCCUUUAACGAUUGAACGCCUUUCCGAGGAACUGGACGCGUGGAGAGCGUGCGUGCAGUCCGCCAACCCAUCAUCAGAGGCCUCCCCAUAUGCACCCCCUUCUGAGUCUCAGAGGACGGUCUACGCAGCUCUACGGAAGAGACUGAGGGAGGAGCCUCGCAGAGGACUCACAGGCCCGGGCCACGUGCCCGGCUCCCACCUGCCCAGCCACUCCGACGGCCACGUCUCCUGCCUCACGGGCUCCAAGAUCCAGGGCCCCGUGUGUCUGCUGGAAGACGGCAAGUCCGCCAUCUCGCUGAACGACGCUUUGAUGUGGGCCAAGGCGAACCCUUUCUCACCCUUGGGGACCGGAGUUCGACUCAACCCAUUCUGAUGGGGGGGGCCUUUCCUCCAGGCUUCCUUGUUUUUUUUUUUUUGAAGACCUUUUAUUGGCUAGGACACCUUUGUUGCC